CGUCACUACUGUAAUCAUUAAACUGGCUCCUGCCCGUGAUUGCGCGUUAGGGCUACUUCCUUAUAUACGUCGAACUACUUCUCUUGAACCCAUUGGAAUUCUAUACCAACCCACAACCACUUGCGCAAUCUCUAGCAUCGUGUGACUAGUUUCUCCUUGUCGUUCGUUCCCAAAAUCGUGACCUCUCACCCUCAAGCACUUUGCGAUGGCAUACCACAAUGACGCGACUACUACCCGAGACAACCACAGAGACGACCCGUAUUGGUCUCGAGAUCAAGGCAGGAAUUCGCACCCCACCAAGGUGCCAACACAGGAUCCGCACGACCCGAAGCCACGCAACCCAAAACGCCGUCAAGAUUGCCGUAGCGAGUCGUCUGGCCACCGUCACCUCCGCCUAGAACGCAAACAUGACAGACGCGAGAAGGAGCGCGAUGCAGUUGUAAAUGGCACUGCAGUUCCCCCUCCCAACGCCGGGCCAAAUUGGGCCAAGAACCGAGAAGCGGCCUUGAUAAAGUAUGCAAGGAACACGCGCCGCAGACACAAGAAGCACGAGAAGCGUCAGCGCGCCAUGCAGAAGGGCGAGGUGGAAGCGCGCGAGGCUAGCACAUCGUCUAGUCAAGACCCGACUCCCACGACCGAUACUUCGGCUCGCGAGGACAAGAAAGGAGCCGAGCAUGAGAAGCCAUGAGCAGCACACUUUGACAAGCGAAAGAAGUACUUGGUAUACUAUUCUGUAUUAUAAAGGACAAAACCGGUUGAUUCUACACUAUUGAGCGUAGUGCAAUUGCAUUGUUUGGCAUCACUUGUACCGCUCUGGGGAUCGUGGUGGGUGGUCUGUGGGGUUAGGCGAUGAACGUGCGGGGCUUUGCAAGAGAGAGGUGGAGACAUAGCAAGGGUCUAUGUACAUUAUGGGGCCACUCUAUAGACCUAUAAGCAACAAUAAGAGCCAAGUACGGCUACGUGCAGAGCCCAA